AUGAUUCUACACAUAACAGUCACAUUUCGUCAGAGAAUCCUCCUUCAACUCAAAAUUAAUAGUAGUCUCACAAUCGAUAGCCUGAAAGAUUUUAUUGAACAAGCUACUGGAAUUCCUUCUCAAUACCAGACCCUCACGUACAACGGUGUCCUAUUGGAUGUAAAUCACACCAUAAGGGAUUACAGACUGCCUCAGACUGUUAGCAUUUGCUUGGAUAUUCCUCUCGCGUACCCUAGCAAGUAUAUUAUCUACGUCAAAACCCCCUUUCACAACCAACUCGUGAAAGUUCGUGUGGGAUUGGAGGGAACUAUUGAUGAGUUGAAGAGGGCUAUUUCUCAUCAUGAAAACAUGUCUUUGGACCAGGCGAUCAUCGUACAUAACUCAUGUGUACUUGGUGAAGAAAACGGUGGCCAAACGCUGAUUUCUUUAGGCAUAAGAGAGGACUCAGAAGUGGAGAUUAUUUUGAGGCGGACAAAAUUCGGGUCAGUGAAAGAUUGCAUGGAAAAGAAGGCGAAAAAAGAAAAGAUUUCGGAUCUUCCUCCUAGUGGGUUUUCCACAAUGGAUGGAGAUUCUGAAGUUGAGGUUGGAAAUUAUAGGAUAAAGUAA